AUGACCGCAACUAUGCAAGUAGGCCAUGAAGAAUACCUUUACCGGCUAUUUUGUAUCACCAAUGUCAAAGAAUUUUGUGAACCGACUGGACGACCCGAACUACGUUUUCAUACUGUUAGGAAUUGCAAGUGGGAGGCCAUGAUAGCUCAGGUUGGAGAAGUUGUGACCCAAAAUGGGUUGGCUGACUGUGACCGCAACAUAUUAUUUAUUGAAAACAAGAAGGAAUGCAACAAUGCAGAGGCUGACCUGCAGAAAUUUUAUCCGGAUUUACCCAUCAGCAAGUACUACUCAAGCCUAACUGACGGUGAAGGUGCUGCCAAUGUGAAGCGGUGGAGGACAACACCCAAGUGCUUGAUGAUUGCCACUAGUGGAUUUGGAGCCGGUAUCAACUACAAGCAUGUUAGGAAUGUGAUGAUAUUUGGUUUACCUGAGGAUGACAAGGAGAUCAACAAGUGCUUUCAAGAGGCUGGACGAGCUGGACGAGAUCAACAGGCAGCGGACGUGUGGUUGUUUGAAACUGGCAAGCCUGACAAGGGGAGCUUUGCUGAGAAGGUGAUGGACUCUAACCGAUGCAUACCUGGCACUUUCUCUGAACUGUUGGAUGGAGAGCUACGCGACUGCAGGACUGUAGGCUGUCCUCGAGUGUGUAUGCACUGUGAAGACCAGGUUAUCCACGAGUCAAACAAGCGUAAGGCGGUUGAUGACGUGGAGGCCUCACUACCUGGCGAACGGCCAAUGUAUCUGUCGAAUGUGAAGAGGGCACGGGGCCAAGUCAACAUUGUUGAUCAGAUUGGUCUUGCCAUUACAAAUGUGCGUCAACAGAUGACUGGACUUUGUGGCUACUGUUUAGCAAAGGACAAGGCGGAGCACCGUCAUAUAGAUGACAAGUGUGAUAAGAUUGUAGGCUGCCUACGAUGCACUGGAGUUGGACAUUGGACCUCGAGAUGUCAAGCCCCCCAGCUAUCCAAGGUCCUUGAAAGGAAUGGAAAUGCUGCUUUCCGACUGUGUCACUUCUGUGGUCUUGGAGAUGGCCAUGGUGAUGACAGGUUCCACCAUGAACCUAUUGUUGGUACACUGAAGAAGUGUGAUAGUGGACUACAAAAUAUUGUCAAGACACGUGAGAUACAUGUUGGAGUUGACAAAGCCAGUGUGCAUGCUUUCCAGCAAUGGCUUGGGGCACGUGGAUGGCUGGGAUGCCCGUGGGCCAAUAUGGUUACCUUGUUUAUUGUAUUGCGUGAUGCACAUUUACGCAAACUAGCGUCAGAAUUUGUAGGAUGA